GCUCCGCGGCUAUUGUUUGUUUUGGACAUUCUUGCCAUGAUAUUUGUUUAAAUAGAGAUAAAAUCUCCGUGAAAUCUGCCCUAAAUGGCAUAUGCCAGCAUGACGGAGGCGCGCAUUCGCCCACGCCAAGUGCUGGUGCUCAUCAUAGUCUUCCUCAUCGUGCUCAAGCUUGUCCACCACAACGGGAAGCACACCUGCCAGGGCCCAGAGUACCUGCAGGCCGUGUAUGCCCAGCAAGAGGCGGACACGUUGCCCCACAUCUACGCCAUAACGCCGACGUACUCACGGCCAGCCCAGAAAGCGGAAUUGACCAGGCUUUCGCACCUGUUCAUGCUGCUGCCCAACCUGCACUGGAUCAUUGUGGAGGACUCCAACAUUACCACUCCGCUGGUGCGCAGUCUCCUGCAACGGGCGGGGCUGGAGAAGCGAUCCACGCAGCUGAACAUCAAGACGCCUCCCGAGUUCAAGCUGCAGGGCAAGGAUCCCAACUGGAUUAAGCCACGAGGCGUCGAGCAGCGCAACCUGGCGCUGGCCUGGCUGCGCACCCACGUGGAUGUGGAUCGACAUGCCAUUGUCUUCUUCAUGGAUGACGACAACUCCUAUUCCACGGAACUUUUCGUCGAGAUGACGAAAAUCAAGCCCGGCCACGUCGGCGUCUGGCCCGUCGGCCUGGUGGGCGGCCUGAUGGUGGAACGUCCCAUACUCAACGAGGACAAUACACAGGUGGUGGGCUUCAAUGCUGCCUGGCGGCCGGAGCGCCCUUUCCCCAUCGACAUGGCCGCUUUCGCUAUCAGCAUGGAUCUGUUCAUCAAGAACCCGCAGGCCGUCUUCUCCUACGAGGUGCAGCGUGGUUACCAGGAGAGCGAGAUUCUGCGACACCUCACCACGAGACAACAGCUGCAACCGCUGGCCAACUCCUGCCGGGACGUGCUCGUCUGGCACACGCGUACCGAAAAGACGAAGCUCACCUCCGAGGAUGCCCUCCAGCGCCAGGGGAAGCGCUCUGAUUCCGGCAUUGAGGUCUAGCCUAGCUCUUGCCCACCCGUCUCGCCUGUACAUACUUGUCACGCAACUGUUCCUCGUCCCGUUACUCAAUGCCUCAACUUAGUGAAUUUAUUGAACGUAUUUUUUUGCCCAGAAUGUAUUAACCAGAGAUUUUCCUAUCCUAUAUACUCGUAAUUGCAAGGCUUCGCUCCUUGCAUCCAAAUUCAAAGCAAAGCUUCGGCUCCCUUGCUGCUCUGUAUAAUAGUUGUACAAUGCUCAAAUACAAUUUGUAACAUAUGUAUCUAA